AUGGGAAACCGGGACGUCCAAAGCGCGCCUUGUCAGAUGGGCCUGCGCCCAGAAACCGUCGCUGAGUUCACACGGCUCUUGUACAUCCAGCCCAAAUACGACGCGCGUUCAGCAUCCGAAUACACAAUCAGGUACGACAAUAACGACCGCGUGUUAUUCACCGUAACAGGCCACAAAUACACCGAUAGAGGUGUCCGCGAGUUCCGGGACGCCUCAGGGCUCCCAAUGUUCGAGUGCCAACGGACCUGGCCUGCGUGGCGGUGGGGAAAGCCGUGGCGGGUGCGGCUACCAGGGGACGAAGCCGAUCUGGUGGAUAUCAAGCUUGGCAAGGGGGCUGGGCACAACUUUGAUCUGACAUUUCGCAAUGCGCUCGCCACGGAUGUCAAAAGGGAGGAAGACAGGCUUGUGACGGUGGCCGUUCGGAAGGAAUCGUUCGCAUUUUGUCGGUUCUCUGCUUCGGUGGGCGGGCGCAAAGUGAUGGAUUUCCGGGAGAGCGUGGAGAAGAACAGGACGAUUCAUUCGAUCGCGGCUUCGUCGGCGUCCGGGUAUGUUGCGUGGCGGUCGAUAAUUGAGGUUCAUGUUGCGGACGGGUUUGACUUCGCGCUGGCUUCGUUGAUCUCAAUUAUGCUAUGCGAUUCAUAUUUCAGCUCCGCGGCCCCCAAAGCAAAGACCAUUGCAGCUCGCGAGAAGCGCCUGAACCCGAUAAUGGCAUAG